AUGCAAAGACCAGCAGGCCUCCUUGGAUUUGGCCUCGCCACUGCCGGCCGUCUCGCCCUGUGCGAGCUCCGCUGGGGAGCCCUUACCGCGACAGGCUUCCAGGAGCUCGCAGCCACGCCAACUUGUUUCGCGGAUGUCAUCAUCGCCUCUGGUUCCACCUGCGUU